AUGGACCCAGCAGGAUUAAUCAGCCAUGUGGAGGCACUCACCCUGACUGUAGAGAAUUUAACUAAGGGAAUGACUGCCUUACAAACAGAGAACACUUCUCUUAAACAGUAUAUUAAUGACAAAAUAGACACACUUAAGGUUACUCUAAGUACCCAUGAGCCACAGCCCAACCCCCCUCAACCUUUCUCAGGUAACCGCAAUGAAUUUAGAGAAUUUAAAAAUUCUUGUUACCUAUACUUUCAGUUAAAACCAAAAACCUAUCCCAACGACCACUUAAAGGUUCUCACCACCAUUUCAUAUUUACGGGGAGAACCACGCAUAUGGGCUAACUUUUUCUUUGAGACUGAUGACCCAAUUCUUUAUUCACUUGAACAAUUCUUUAAAGCUAUGGCACAACUCUAUGACGACCCUUUUAAGCAGCUCUCAGCUGAAACAGCUAUGCGCUCCCUACGCCAAAAUAAGAGACUUACUAGAUCUCUUCGUAGUAAUUUACCUCGAUGA